GAAACUUUCUGUGCUGUUGGGAAAUUUGCUACAAGACCCCAUUGCUCCUACCAACUCCACAUGUCAGCAUUAUGUCUGCAAAACUUGUAAAGGCAAGAAGAUGAUGAUGAAGCCGUCAUGUAGCUGGUGCAAGGACUACGAACAGUUUGAGGAGAAUAAGCAGUUAAGCAUCUUAGUAAACUGCUAUAAGAAACUCUGCGAAUACAUAACGCAGACACCACUGGCACGAGAUAUUAUCCAAGCAGUUGAUUGUUCCGCAGAUCUUUUGGCUUUGCUCAAAGAUGGAUCACCACUCCACGAAGAGACAGAAAAAUCUUCUGAUGCAGGCUUGGCUUUGUGUUUGACACAUUCCCCAGUACCUUCAACCUCAGAACUCACAACUGAUCCUCCAGCUAGUUUUACGUCAAUCCCUGAAAGCACACACAACAUUGAUAUUAGAGGUUCUGUUAUCAACGGGUUGCCCAAUUGUAAUGGGCUUUCGGUAGAUAAACUCGGAGUGAAUAUUCCUUCUCCUGAACACGCAAACACAAUUGAUGUCUGUAGUACUGGAGAGUAUAUAAAAACUGAAGACAUCUCCAGCAGCCUGCAGCCUGUGUGCGAUACAGUUUCUACUAGUGACUUGUGUACCACAGGCAUUGACAUCUGCAGUUUCAGUGAAGAUAUAAAACCAGGUGGCUCGCUUCUCCUCAGCGUUGAGGAGGUUCUCCGGAGCUUAGAGACCGUUUCAAAUACUGAAGUCUGUGAUUCUAAUUUGCAGCCCAGCUUGGAAGCAAACAUGACUAACGGCCCUUUCCUGCAGCUUUCUCCCCCACCUCUUAGCCAUAACAUUUUCAUGUCCACAGAUGCUUCUCCUCAUGGAAUCUCCUGUACAGCGGCAACGCCGAAGGUAGUUAAGUUAAACAGAAAGAGAUCUCGAUCAGAAAGUGACAGUGAAAAGGUUCAACCUCUACCCAUUUCCAGCAUCAUCUGUGGCCCAACAUUGGGAGCAUCAGCUCCUGUAACAGUGAAACAGGAAAAUAAAAUGUCUUUGCAGCCUAUUGCGACUGUACCUAACGGAGGCACUACUCCCAAAAUCAGUAAAACUGUGCUCCUGUCUAACAAAAGCAUGAAAAAGAAUUUAGAACACGCCCCUAAGAAAUCCCACCCGAAAGCCAAACCAGGGGUGCUGAAAACAAAAGACAAAGCAAAGGAGAAAGUUCCUAGCAGUAAUGUUAUGCCAGGAAGCCCAACAAAAACUGUGUAUAAAAAGCCACAAGAAAAGAAAGGGUGUAAAUGUGGUCGUGCCACCCAAAAUCCAAGUGUUCUUACAUGCCGUGGCCAACGCUGCCCUUGCUAUUCGAACCGCAAAGCCUGCCUUGACUGCAUAUGCCGUGGCUGCCAAAACUCAUACAUGGCUAAUGGGGAGAAGAAGCUGGAGGCGUUUGCAGUGCCAGAAAAGGCCUUGGAGCAGACUCGGCUUACUUUGGGCAUUAAUGUGACAAGCAUUGCGGUGCGCAAUGCCAGCACAAGCACCAGUGUAAUCAAUGUGACAGGGUCACCAGUAACAACGUUUUUAGCUGCCAGUACACACGAUGAUAAAAGUUUGGAUGAAGCUAUAGACAUGAGAUAUGACUGUUGAAUCUUUCUUUCUUUUCCCUGCCGUCAGUAGGGGAACUGCUACAGUUUUAAGGCAGCUAUGGUUCUGUUUAACUUGCUGGAGCUCCUGCGUUUAGAUCACUUGUAUCAAGUGUUUUUCAUUGCUAUGUUAUGUGUAUUAGUGUCUGGGAAAUAGUUGCAGAUAAUGGAGGAGUUACCCUAAAACUGUUUUUAGUUCUUACAGCACCUCAUAGUUUGAGAUCAAUUGCUGAUGUAAAUGAUUUUAUCACCAGAUCUUUGGCAAGGAAUAUAUUAACCUCAUUGUACUUUGGUCAUGCUUUGUGCUCAGUCAAAGCUUCUGCUUAAAUGUAGAAAAGUGGUAUCUAGUUAGUCCAUCUAAACUGUGCUGGAUUAUGGUGUAGAAAAGUAAUGACUGAUCAGUUAGUCACCAUCACUAGAAAAAUCAUCUAAUAUUCCUGUAGGAAGUACAGCAUUGAGCUGCAGAACACACUCGGAAAAGGGUAGAUAACCAAUUCUCACAAUCAGAGAUUAUCUACUAUAUGGAACAGCUUAAAAAUAAUAAUAAUAAUAAUAAUAAUAAUAAAAUUAUUAGUUAUAUUGAGAAAGCUAACAGCCCAAAAAGCAGCCCAGCCUCCAGACCAGGGUUGGGAAGAUGGGUUGGUUCAAUACGAUGAACAUCGAACUGCUGACUCUGAUAGGCUGCCCCUGUUAACACACCACUCAGGUUUUUUGUUUUCUUGACAAUUCCACAUGUCACGUUCCUGAUCUGUUAUGCCCUCUGUGCCAACUCUGUCUGUUUGACAUGUUACUGUUUUGGCUGGGGGGAGAAAAAUUGUACACAAAGAAGGCUCAAGUGUUAUUAGCACCAUUCUCUCCUCCCCUUCCCCCCCCCUCCUUUUUUUUUUUUUUUGAGUUCCUGCUGAUUUCACUGCUGUUGCUUCUAGAAAAGAGCUUUUUGGGUGACAGAGAGACUCCUUGGCUGACUUUUUUCACCCCCUCAGUUGCCCCUGGAAAACAGAGACUUCUCCAGCAGUUCCCACUGCUGGGGGCUGUGCGUGUGUUUUAUUCAGUUUGUACCACAGUAGACCUGGGACCCAUCCGCUUGAAGGGUAGCUCUUCACUGACAGGCAUCUUUCAGCUGGGGCAGAGGAUCGAUUGCUAUCUAAGAUCAAAUAUUUUGGAUGUUUGUUAGACAGAAUAAGCUAUAUUACUCACUCUACCCAGAAUCCCUCUCAUUUUUCACUAAUAUGUUGGAAGUUGUUUUCAAGGGUCAGUACUUUUCAACCUGGGCUGAAGGGCUCUAAAAAGGAAAAACAACACAAAGUUGUCAGCUUAUCUCAGAAGGUGUUAAAAUGGAGACACCUUUGUAGGAAUUCAGCUGUAUGCAAAAAUGAUUUAUUUUGGUGUAAUCCCUAAGUAAGAGUACAAGCGGAAGAAUUUAGUCUUGUGUUGGCAGCCUAAGCCAGUCAGGUUACUUUGUGAAAGCUGAAAUUUCUCCUCUUUGAAUGAUAGAGCACAAACCAAACAUGGGCUGACUAGAACACAAACCAUCACCUUCUGAUUUAAAAGACAAUUCCUGUUUCAACAGCAUGUUAAAUAGUAAGUGAACUUUUUGAGUUCCUUUACUGCUUCCAUCUUCCCUCCCGUCCAUCCAGCGACCCCGCAGCGCUCUCCGACCGAACCUUGGGUGUCUUUUGAUUUGGCACAAAGCAUGUACAAUGAUGGUUCCUCACCUAAGAAAUAAGCAAAAACCUUUGGACACAAAUGACACCUCCUUUUGUUUUGUAGUGUACCAUGGUGUCAUUUUCUGUGAAUGUGGUCAGAUCUUUCUGUUGGUUUUGGUUUGUUUUCUCCCCCCGUCUUUUCUGUGGGGUGGGUAGGGUGGGGGGUUAAAGCCAUAGGAAGAAAAAUGUGAUGUACGUGUCCAGUCUGUACUUUUUUGUUUUUGUUUUGCAAGAAGAGUUGAAAAAUAUUUUUGAUAAUGAGUAAAUGGUGGAAAAUGCUUCUUAGUAUUCUUGUCUUUAUUUGCCAACCCAGGUACCCAAGAUCUGUGUUUUUUAGCCCUCAUGAGAUUUAAUGAUGUCCUAUUAAAAUGUAUUUAGUUAAACUUCUAUGUGAUUUCUGUGUUGACCCAAAAGGAUCCUACCAUUUUCUAAUCUGGUGGUUUGAUCGUGACCUACUAAUGUAAAUCUGUUUAUUAGUCCACUACGUGUAAGAAAAGUAGCCAAACCGGAGUCUGACUUAAGGGGAGUAAACUGCACAGCAUGGGUUGUUUCUGAAUGCUUUUGCAGAGCUGUUAAGUUUUGCUGAGAUUGUUGAUGGUACAUAUAUUAGGACUUUCAUUAAAUUAAAUACAUAGUACCUUUGCUCCAGAAAUGUGGGAGUACUUGGAAUCUUUACUACUAUCUCACUGCUGCAUUAAAUAUGGUACCAAAAGUCGGAGAAUUUAGGUCAAGUGUGUUUUGGAAGCAUUGACAGGAGAGCCCUGAUCGUUAAUGUAAAAUUGCAAAUGGUAGAUUCAGGUUGUUUCUAAAAACAUUUCCUUUUAUGCUGCCACGUUCUUGAAAUGUAUAUUAAAAUUCAAAUUGAUUUAAUAAAUGUUAGUUUUU